AUGAUGUUGUCCAGGCAGACGACGACGCGCUCAGCACCGUCCACCAGUCGUACCGGCACGGCCGACGCACCGGAACCGUCAUUACGUUGUUUACCGAGACAAAGAUAUGCAAGUAGUUCCAUCGACUUAACAUCUUUCCAGGACUCCACCCAUGGGCAUGACUUCAAUCAAGGUCAUAGUCGAGUAGUCAUGACCAGAAAAACGGAACGGAGGAUAUUUGUCGCCCCUUCAAAAUUGGGACAGAAACCCAAAUUUGAAACCCUGACCAAAGAAACCGUGCAGACGUUUCGGGGUAACAAAACAGAAAGGAAAGUGACUUCUGAAACGAAAAACAUAGAAGAAACAAUUGAUAGCAAAUUGGAUGGAUCUGACGACUUCCUUUCAUCGUUGUCGCCGUCAACUUCGUCAACAGAAUUAAAAACGUCAUACAAACAAAGAUGUACAGCUAUAAAAUCACAGAAAAAAAUUAUUAUAGACAACAAGACGUUUAUACAAGAAUGUUUGGAUGCACACAAUCAAUACAGAAAAAAACACACUGUUCCUCCUAUGAUCCUGAGUAAGAAACUUUGUAAAUAUGCAGAAGAAUGGGCGAAUUAUCUAAGCGGCAAAGGUCUCCUAGAGCAUAGACCAUCUUCUUCAUAUGGUGAGAACCUAUUUUGCUCUUGGACGUCGCUACCCAACCACAGGAUUGAAGGAAGGGAACCGGUGGACAGCUGGUACGAGGAAAUCAAAUUUCACCCUUUUGGCCGCGAACCCACUACCCUGAAAUCAGGUCAUUUUUCACAGGUGGUUUGGGCGACCAGCAAAGAAAUGGGAGUUGGCGUAGCGUCCAACCGUUCCGGACAAAUAUUCGUGGUCGCCUGUUACGAUCCCGCCGGAAAUUUUCUCGGCCAGUUUAGAGAAAACGUUCCACCUGUCGGUGGUUUUAAAGACGCGCCGCUCAGUCCUCAUCUUGUACAGCUCUCGUACACGGACGAACAGUUGUAUAAAGACAGUUUAAAGCUACAUAAUGACUACAGGCUGAAACAUGGUUCCGGGCCACUGACUUUGAACAAAAUGUUGUGUCGGAACGCGCUGACCUGGGCAAAAACAUUAGCCAAAGAUGACAAAUUCGUCCAUCAGCCAGACAAUCCUUUUGGCGAGAACUUGUUCAGCAUUUGGUCGUCGAACCAGGUGACGGCCAGAGACGCGAUAUGCAACUGGUACAAAGCGGGAAAAGAUUACGAUUACUCGAGAGAACCUAGAAUUAUAAAAUCAGGACAAUUCACUCAACUCGUGUGGAAAGGCUCACACUCCAUGGGUAUAGCGAUGGUGAAAGGCAAGUCUGGAAGAAUUGUGAUCGUCGCAAAUUAUAAUCCGCCAGGCAACAUAAUGGGACAGUUUAUGGAUAACGUUCUUAAGCCAAAUUAG